AUGACGGAAUAUAUGACAAAUGAUUCUUUAUUGAAUUCAACAAGCUCUGAUUCAAGUGGUGAUGAUGAUAGUAGUGACGAUAGUAUGGGGGACUUACUUAUGGUAAGAUAUCUGAUGGCUAAUAAACGUUAUUUUAUCGAUAAAAUUCCUUGUAGGACUUCUAUGCUCAGUGGAAAAGAAUAUAUACUUGAGGUUUUAGUCGGAAAUCCAACUAGAUGUUAUGAAGGUUUUCGUAUGAAACCCCAUGUAUUUAAAAAUUUAUGUAAUAGAUUAAAGAUGAUGAAUUUGUUGCAUGAUGCUAAAGAUGUAAGUGUAGAAGAAGGUGUUGCAAUGGGUUUAUCAAUUCUUUGUCAUGGUACAAGAGCAUUGGCUACUCUAGGAGUUGAUUUGAUUAAACCAAUGAAUAGAGGAGAUAUACAACCCGAGAUCGAAAGUAAUCCAAAAUGGUUUUCCUAUUUCCAGAAAUGCAUUGGUGCUAUUGAUGGCAGCCAUAUAGCAGCUUGGGCUCCAGCUUCUAAGCAAAAAACUUUUCGUGGAAGAAAAGCCACACUUGUCACUCAGAAUAUCAUGGCAGUAUGUUCUCAUGAUAUGAUGUUUACUUUUGUAUAUGCCGGAUGGGAAGGUACUGCAAAUGAUUCGCGUGUAUUUAUUGAUGCAUUAACAAGACAAACAAAUGGAUUUCCGUUUCCUACUAACGAUAAUUAUUAUGUCGUAGAUGCCGGUUAUCCUAAUAUUCCUGGAUUUUUAGCUCCAUAUCGUGGUGAAAAAUACCACUUGAAUGAUUUUCGUGGACAUGGAAGAAUCCGAAAAAAGUAUGAACUUUUUAAUUAUAGGCAUUCAUCGCUUCGCAAUAUCAUAGAAAGGGCUUUUGGAGUAUUGAAGGCAAGAUUUCCUAUUCUGAAAUCAAUACCAAGUUAUCCUUUACGUCGUCAAAAGUUGAUCCCCAUAGCAUGCUGCACUUUACACAAUUUUAUUAGAAAAGAAGACAGAGCAGACAAACUUUUUACAUUAUAUGGUAGAGAAGGAUUAGAAGUUUAUGAAGAAGAUAAUCUGAGAGUGGUACAAGAAGGCGUUCAUAUAGAUAUGUCUCAACAAAGUCAAAUGAGUGCGAUUAGAGAUAAUAUAGCGGAUCAACUAUGGAAUGAUUACAAUAAUCAUCGGAGAUAA